UCUCCGUGUCUCACUUACCACAACCCCGUCCAGGGCAGCACCCGAAACUAAGGCAUCUGCGGGCAAAACCGGCGAGCUGCAAGCCUCCGCACCCAGCAGCCCAUCGCCAGGGUAACCAGGCCGCCGAGCCCCUCCCUCCCCACGCCGGGCGCCUGCGGGCUCCUCGUCACGUGACUUGCCUGGUUGGUCACGUGGUGCGCCGGGUCCUCCCAUUCCAGCCUGAAAGGGGGGGACCAGAAACGGGAGGCGUUGCUGCUGCAACACUGCGCCCCGGUUACAAGGGUCCUAAGGGGCUUCUGAGGGGCUGCUUCGGCCUCACACACCGCCUGCCCCUUCCGGAGAUCAGGGAGGGCCUGGAGGCGCCCCGCGAUCCCCGGCGGACCCCCCGGCGCGAUGGUUGGGGCCUGAGGCCACGCCCCCUUGGCGGCGCUCCCGGCGGCCCGUCCUCCACGGCGCGAGUCCGGGUCCAGCUUGCUCUCCCCGGGCGCAUCUGGGCCUUCCUCUCGCCGCCUUCCCGCUCCGCCCGCAGCUAGGCGAUCCCCGACCCCCUUCUUCAUGGCGUCGCUUCUGUGCUGUGGGCCCAAGCUGGCCGCCUGCGGCAUCGUCCUCAGCGCCUGGGGGGUGAUCAUGUUGAUCAUGCUCGGAAUCUUUUUCAAUGUCCAUUCGGCCGUGCUGAUCGAAGACGUCCCUUUCACCGAGAAAGAUUUUGAGAAGGACCCCCAGAAGAUAUAUGACCUGUACGAGCGAGUCAGCUACAACUGCUUCAUCGCCGCGGGCCUCUACCUCCUGCUCGGAGGCUUCUCUUUCUGCCAAGUCCGGCUCAACAAGCGCAAGGAGUACAUGGUGCGCUAGCGCUCCGCCGGCCCCCCGUCCGCCCCCCUCUAGUUAACUAAAGACUCUCCCCAGGGGCCAGCGUCCGGGCCCCGCGCGGGGAGGCUGGGGUCGGCCGUCCUCGGUCCCUCCACAAUAAAGCGGAACUGCCCUCCUGA